AGCUCUUCUAUAUACGUUCGGGGCUCUUGUCUCUGACCCUGACCGAGAUUUGUCUUUAAAACUCCAUCGACUAGUUUGAUUAUAUCGAGAGCUUGGGCGAGUUCUGCGCUUCAGCCAAACCAGUUGGAUUCGCCAUUAUGGAUAUUAUGGUCGACUGCCACUUCUCUCCCUCCGACCUGUUUUAUGAUCAUUCUUGCCUCUCGUCGCCCGAGGAGGCAGAGUUUGCGGAUGAGUUUGAGCACGGCGCACUUGCGUUUCGAGAUAAUAAACUGGAGUCCGGCGAACCUGAAGAAGAGAAACAUGUCAGGGCCCCGAGCAGCCACCACCAGGCUGGGGGCCACUGUCUCCUCUGGGCUUGCAAAGCCUGCAAACGUAAAAGCUCCAGCACUGACAGGAGAAAGGCGGCCACCAUGAGGGAAAGGAGGAGGCUUAAGAAAGUGAACCAGGCUUUCGAGACGCUGAAGAGGUGCACCAGCUCCAAUCCGAACCAGAGGCUGCCUAAAGUGGAGAUCUUGAGGAACGCGAUCAGUUACAUCGAGAGUCUUCAGGAGCUCCUGAGGGAACAAGUGGCGAAUUAUUACAGCCUCCCAGACAAUGUCAACUCAGAGCCUGGAAGUCCCACGUCCAACUGCUCGGACGAAAUGAAUUAAAAGAAAAUGCGCUACAGGAUUGUUGUCCGUAUUUAAGAGGAACGAAGUGAAACCUCUGGUUCAGAAUCAUUCCGUUUGAUUCAUCUGUUUGUCUCGGAACCCUCCGUCAUUUCUAUGAUCGACAUACUCGCUUGGCCUGGCAGAUAACGUGCGGCGUGUCUGUUUUUGACAUUAGCUCAGUGUGUUUCUUUGUAUUACUAAUGCGAGUCGAGAACAUCUUGCCCGUAAAGUUUUCUUCUUUGCAUCCUGAAGUAAAAUCUGGUCUGUACGAGUGCCUAAACUAUCGAUUACAAGUCUGUUCGUUAAAUUGGCCGUGUCAUUUCAUCAGGACUUGGUGGCUGGGCCUCCCCCCCCCCCCCACUUCUGAUAAAGAAUGAUGAACUUUGCCUGAGCGUGUAUAAGGAAACGUUUCACCAUUUCAUUCUUUUGUCCGACAUCUGCCUUCAUGUGUUCGUGUAAGAUCUGGAAUGAUACCAGGCUUCACAAAUUGGCGUUUAAAAUGGGCUGCAAUGAAUAACAAACGGAACUCGUUGUUACAUUAAGGUCAAAGAGGUUGAUUUUACCAAAUGGCCUUUCAAUCUUAAAUAAUCGUGAACCAACUAAUGGAGCAAUUAUCAAAAUACUUUAUAAAAGAACAGAUACGGUCCCUUUAAAAGCAAAUUGUCCCUCAAU